AUGGGGGGUAUUCUACAGAAAAUGCUGCAGGCCUUUUACACAAAGAAGCUCGAGGUGGUGCUUGUGGGGCUGGAAAAUAGUGGCAAGACGACGCUGCUGAAUGUGAUGGCGAUGGGUCACCCCGUGGAGACGUGUCCGACCAUUGGGCUGAACGUGAAGCUGGUGAAAAAAGGAGGAGUGCAGAUGAAGUGCUGGGAUAUCGGCGGACAGGCCCAAUACCGGAGCGAGUGGGGUCGCUACACACGUGGUUGUGACGUCAUUAUAUAUGUGGUGGACGCCAAUGCGUUUGACCAAAUCUCGUUGGCUCGGAAGGAGCUGCACCGUCUGCUUGAAGACCGUGAAUUAGCGACGACGCCGCUGCUGGUGCUGGCGAACAAGAUUGAUCUAGAGCCGCACAUUUCCGAGCCCGAGCUCAUCCGUGAGCUGAACUUGGACUAUAUCGUGGACAACCCGUGGCUCGUGAUCCCCAUCUCGGCGCUGCGUCUUGUGAACAUUGAUCAGGUCAUCCAGUGGCUCAUGAAGCAGUCAGGCAAGGGCUAG